AUGAGGAGAUAUUUGGUGAUAAAAAACAUUUGUUUGCCGUGGUCGAGGAGGGACACCACGCAGAAUGAGUCCAGUCCGCUCAUACCGAAGGAAAACUCCGCAAAAGAGGACGCUGAGGAGCUAAGCAAUGUCUCUACUGAAUUUCACCAAGCCGAGCCAAACAAUGGAGAAGACAACAGCACCCAACCCCACUACAGAUAUUCUUUUAUGGACUAUUUCCUGAAAUACUUCCUGUUCCUAUGCAAUCUGGUGUUCACAGUUCUGGGCCUGGUGGUUCUUUGUCUGGGGAUGUGGGGCCUCAUCAGCAAAGAGUCGUUUGCUCAGGAGAAGAUCGGAAGUAUCGGCACUGACCCAAUGCUGAUACUUGUGACUAUGGGCUUCGUGCUGACUUUGCUCUGCCUGUCGGGCUGUGUGGGCGCCUUAAGAGAGAACUGCUCUUUACUGAAGCUGUUCUCUGCGGCGGUGUUGGCGCUCAUCACAGCCCAGGUGCUGGCCGCCAUUGUCGCCUACAAUCUACAAGAUCAGAUUGGAGGCUACCUGCGGUCAGGGAUGUUAGCUGCCAUGGUGCACUACCAGGACGAUCUGGAUCUGAGGUUCAUCACGGACGAGAUUCAGUCUAAUCUGCAGUGCUGUGGGGCAGACGACUACCGUGACUGGGAGCUCAACAUAUAUUACAACUGCUCAGCUCCAGGAGUGUUGGCCUGUGGCGUCCCCGCGACGUGCUGUUUGGAUCCUUUGGAGAACGGCACAGUGUGGAACUCUCAGUGUGGUUUAGGAGCCCAGCUGCUGGAUGAGUUUAGUGCUCAGAGCGUGAUCUUCCUCGGCGGCUGUCUGGGGGGAAUCUCUCGCUGGAUCGAGCAGCACGAGGGCCUGAUAGGGACAGUUGGAGUCGUCCUACUGGGAGUCCAGAUUCUGACUCUGUUUAUCACAACACGACUGUUAGAAAGCAUCCAGUGGCAUAAAGUUUACAUAUAA